GCCGCUGCCUCGGGAGCCGAAGCCUGGUGCUUGGGGAAGUAGCGCCGAAGUCAUGUCUCUGCAGAAUGAUUUUCAUAACACUGCUGAAGAUGUCAGGAAGCUAAAAACCAGGCCAAAUGAUGAAGAACUCAAAGAACUCUAUGGACUCUACAAACAAUCAAUUGUUGGAGACAUUGACAUCGAGUGUCCAGGAAUGCUAGAUUUAAAGGGCAAAGCCAAGUGGGAAGCAUGGAACCUCCAAAAAGGUCUCUCAAAGGAAGAUGCCAUGAAUGCCUAUAUUUCUAAAGCAAAAGAGCUGAUAGAAAAAUAUGGAAUUUAGAAUCAUGCUUGCCAGAAUUCUUUUUCAUUAUGAAACUUUCUUAUGAUGUGAAAUAAAUUAACAUUUAAGGGAAAAGGUAAUAUUAACUCUUCAUAUUUCACCUCACUCCUUAAUAUGAGUUGAAAUAUUGAACUGUAGUGCGCAGAAAAAAACUUAAAUAAAUUUUUA